GAAUUUCAUCUGUCUGCCAUGGUCCUCCACAGAGCAAAAUGUAGGCAUCACUGACCAGAUGAUAAAUUUUGGAGAUUGGUAACCCAGACAGAGCCUGCUGGUAACAUUCAUGGCUGCAGCAUCAUGUGUAUUUAUUCAUCAAAUUAGUACAGAUGCACCCAGCUUAAGGAAGACAGAUUUGAAAGGUCGGAGUGCGCUGUUGGCCGACAUCCAGCAAGGAACACGUCUUCGAAAAGUCACCCAGAUCAAUGACCGCAGUGCCCCACAAAUUGAAAGUUCAAAGGGAACCAACAAAGAUGGAGGAAGGACUGGCAGCAAUGCCCGAGGAGGGAACACACCCCCUGCCCUGGGAGAUCUCUUUGCUGGUGGCUUCCCUGUGUUGAGACCAGCAGGCCAGAGGGAUGUGACAGGUGGAAAGACAGGGCAGGGCCCUGGCUCCCGAGCGCCUUCUCCUCGGCUCCCCACCAAAGCCAUCAGUGGCCCCCUUCCGGCCCCUGCAUCUCCCAGGCUGGGCAAUGCCUCAGAGGCACACAGCUCUGCCAGGCCGGCCCCUCCUCGCCCCAAUGUGCCUGCUCCACCGCCUCCCACUCCACCCCCACCCCCACCCCCACCCUUGCCCCCAGCCUCCCCAAUCAAAGCCCCAUUGGUGUCCCACCCUGUCCCUCCAACCAAGGGGAAUCCCUCUGGGGUACCACCCCCUGUACCCUGCACACCUCCCCCUCUACCCGUGAUCCCACCCCCACCCCCGCUGCCCCCAGCUGCAGUGCUCAGUGACAAAGCAGUUAGGCCCCAACUAGCCCCACUGCACCUGCCGCCCAUCCCGCCCCCGCUCCCUCUCCUCCCACCCUGUGGGUACCCAGGGCUCCACACAGAGCCCAGCAGCCCCGCACAGGAGGUGCGGGAGCCUCCAGCCCCUCCACCACCACCACCACCACCACCGCCGCCUCCACCACCGCUCCCCACCUCUUGCUCCCCCAGGGCCGCUGUGCCCACGCCCCCUUUGCCAGGCUCGAACAACAGCGGCUGCGAGACUCCUCCCCCGCUGCCCCCCAAGUCCCCAAGCUUCCAGACACAAAAGGCCUUGCCCACUCCUCCGGGUGCUCCUGGCUCUCAGGUCAUCCUACAGAAGAAGCGGCGAGGCCCAGGAACCAGUGGAGGGAAGCUAAACCCACCUCCAGCUCCACCUGCAAGAUCGCCCACCACCGAGCUUUCCAGCAAAAGCCAGCAGCCUGGAGGCCAGCUGCGGAAUGGAAGCCAGCACGUGAUUGAUGACUUCGAGUCUAAAUUCACGUUCCACUCCAUGGAAGACUUUCCCCCUCCAGAUGAAUUCAAACCAUGUCAGAAGAUAUACCCCAGCAAGGUCCCCAGAAGCCGCACACCUGGUUCCUGGCUCCAAGCUGAGGCUGCUGGGCAGAGCUCCGAUGACAUCAAAAACAGAAAUUCUCAGUUAUCUCUCAAGGCACUCCGGUGAGAAGAUGGAUGAAGCCAAGGUCCUGGGGUUCUUGAAAGAUGGACACCAGGAUAACUCGUCAAGACUCUACCAUUCUCAAGCUCUAGUCAUUUGAUAGGCAGGCUCUGAAUGGAGCAUUAUUUAUUGUAAAUAAUGAUUUGCACGAACUUUAAAGCACCAUUUUAGUCAACUUUUAUUUGAGUAAUAUUUUAAUAUUUUUAAAUAUGCAUCUUGGCAUUUGUCUGUCUUGUACAGCUGGAGCCCUAUCCCACCCUGUAGUGUCCACUGUGACUAUCAAAUAUGCUUGCAGGCUGGUCCUUCCUAGAUUCUGAAACAUUUUUCAGAGUAUCCUUAGUUUUCAAGCAGUCCCAAAGUCAUAAAUAUCCACAACAGCUUCUUAUUGGCACGACUCCCAUCACACCAACUGCAAAAUCAAACCAGAUAAUGCCUUAUAAACAAUGCAGCUCAGAGGAAGCAGUGUGUUCCCAGGUCCCGCAGUGCCACACAGCCUCCAGGGAGCAAGAUGCCAUGUCUCACUUCUUUCUAUCAGUACAGGGAUGUCAUUUUGCUGCCUAAUGUAAAUAUAUCCCAAUGCAAAGAUUAGAGUGGGCGUGGCCCCUCACAUGCCUUCCACAGGGGCCCCUUUUGUAACUGAAUUCUUUUACAAGUAGCCAAUGCUUUUACUGUUUACAGCAGCCCUAGCGCCCAGGCUCCAUUGCUUUCCUUCUGGCCCUCCAAGUGUCCAGCUCCAUCCUGGUAGCCAGGGUAAAGUCAGCUUUAUGAGAUUUUGAUGUCUUGUCACCCCUGCAGAUUACAAAUGUACAUAGCUCAUGAUUAUGAUAGGCUUAUUUUUACCUCAGAGGUCUCCCUCCCCCAAACUCCACCUUGAGUGUAGGAUUUACAUGAGAAAUACAACAUACAUUUACAAAAGAACAAAACGAGGCUGGGGCAAUAGCUCCGUUGGUAUCUGAGUUCAAUUGCCAGCGCCCACAUAAAGCUGGAUAUGGCAGGACACACCUGUUAUUCAAUUGCUGGGGAAGCAGAGGCAACCCGAUCCCUGGGACUCACUGGCCAGCCAGGCUAAUCAGGGAGCCCCAGGUGCCAGACAGUGACAUUAUCUCAAAAUACAAGGUGGCAACUCCUGAGGCCACAACACCCAAAGUUGGCCUCUGGACUCUCCAGGCUCACACAUACAUGUACAUGCACACUCCACACAGGAACAUAUGCACCCAUAUACAAACACAUACAAAAGAACAAAGCAUUCCAUUGGUAGGAAUCCCAGAACACCUGUCAGCCCAAAAGUGUGUGAAAAGCACGGAUGUCUGACAGUUCUCUUGCUUUGUGCUAUGUACCUGGGGCGGCAGGUAAAUAUAUGCAGCAAGUUCGGCUGCCCUGAGCAGACAGAGGGCCAAGCCAGGCUGAGGCAGCUCUUUACACCCUUCUCGGAGCCUCAAGGGAGAGAAGUAUGCUUUUCCUUUUGUCAGGUCCCAAACGCUCCCAUCAACUGGAAUGGGGAGGCUGUAGCAGAGAAGGGAAGAAAUCAAAGGAACAGGAUCCCCGCACUGUGCUCAGAAUAGCUGCAAAGGGGGAGAGCGGCAGCGAGCAAUGGUGUGCUUUGGAGCACCCUGCUCAGGCACUCACACCAACAACACCAUGAGCCCAGGCCAGGUCAUCCAGCGGUGAUGGACAGGGAGAGUGUUCAGCCAUAUGUCUGCAGAUACCUGACUGCUUUUUGGAGCAAACGUCCUACAUUGGUGUUAUGCUUUCCCAUUCGAGAUAGUAGAAACCGAACCAGGGUCAAGUUCCCCUCUCUGGGACAUGACUCAAGCUGCCGUAACAACUAUAUGAAGGGCCAUGAAGCUUCCAUGUUACUAAUUUCUUGUGUUGGUUCUGAAAGUUGGCAGAAAGGUCAGGCUCCACUCCCCUCUACUCUGAGCCAUGCGAACUAAUCAUUAUAAGAUGCUUUAAUAAUUGGAAGGAGGGCCAUCUGCAAGGCAGACCCGCCUGUGCAGUAGGCUGCUUGCCCAGUGAGUUGUUCACAUGGUCAUGUUCUACAGCGAUGAGGCAGAAAUGAAAACUUCAAGAGUGCCUGGGGAGAUGUCUCAGUCAGUAGACUGCCUGCUGCCCAAGCCUGGGGACC